AUGGCCUCCUUUGAUGUUUCAAACAAAACAUAUCCAGAAUCUCGUCUAGCCAAACUGUUCAACGGCAACAUACCAAUAGUCCUAGACUCAUUAAAGCAACACUAUUUUAUCGACAGAGAUGGCGGCAUGUUCCGGCAUAUUUUAAACUUCAUGCGAAACUCCAAACUACUUAUUCCAGACAAUUUCCAAGAUUUGGACUUGUUGCUGGAAGAGGCGCGGUACUUCGACAUACCCCCUAUGGUGAAACAAUUAGAACAAAUAAAAAAAGAUAGAGUAAAGAAUAGUAGUUCGGGGAGUAAAAGUAAUGUUAGAGGAGAUUUGUACGAGUGUGUGGCUUUACAUGUUAGUCCAGAUUUGGGGGAAAGGAUUAUGUUAAGUGGGGAUAGGAGUCUUUUGGAUGAGGUAUUUCCCGAAACGAAUCAGGCUGUUAUGGAUGCUAGGACUGGAGCUGCUUGGAAUCAGCAAGAUGCCCAUCAUGUUAUCCGGUUUCCAUUAAACGUCCCCUCCACUAGUAUCACGUCUUAUGGUUCAGCUAUAUCAUGGGCAACCAAGAGACAAGUCACCGUUGCCUUUUCGACAACAGAAAGUGACUAUAUGGCUAUGAGCAUGGCGGCACAAGAGGCUUUAUGGCUAAGAAGAUUGAAUGAAGAAUUUGUAUAUUGCACAACUGCUACAGUUUUAAAUAUUGACAAUCAAGGAGCCAUACAUUUAGCACAAAAUGGGGCAUAUCAUGCAAGAACGAAACACAUAGAUAUCCGCAAGGGGCAACACACUUUGCCCGACCUACCUUACGAUUAUGCCGCCUUGGAGCCCAUUAUCUCGCGCGAUAUUAUGAACUUGCACCACUGCAAACAUCAUCAGACUUACAUAACAAAUUUGAAUGCGGCCGAGGAAAAGUUAAAGGCCGCAGUGGAAAAGGGAGAUGUAAAUACUCAGGUCUCGUUGGCACCAGCCAUAAGAUUCAACGGAGGCGGUCACAUAAACCACUCGAUUUUCUGGCAAAAUUUAAGCCCUUGCCAAACGGAACCAUCCCCGGAACUUUGCUACGCCAUCAACAACUCCUUUGGCAGUUUGGACAAUUUGAAAUCUAAAAUGUCCGCUGCUACUGUAGCUAUACAAGGUUCAGGCUGGGGGCUGGAUCCUUUGCAAGGUACCACUGGUUUGGUGCCUUUAUUGGGUAUUGAUGUGUGGGAACAUGCUUAUUACUUGCAGUACAAAAAUGUCCGGGCUGAUUAUGUCAAGGCUAUAUGGGAUAUUGUCAAUUGGAAGGAUGUCAGUGAGAGAUAUAAGAAGGCUAUUGCUUGUAAAUGA